AUGGAGCCUCUAGGGACAGUGACCAUUUUGAUGAUCAUAUGUAUCUCUUGCCUUGUUUUCCUUGCAGUCAGGAGCAGGACGCCAGAGAAUGCAAAGCAGCUGCCACCUGGCCCACCUCCACUGCCCAUCGUAGGGAACGCUCUGCAGUUGAAGACCAACAACUUGGCCCAGGUUCUCCAGGAGGUAAGCCAAAGAUGAGCACCUUCCUCAACAGUUGUCUGUUGAUGACCGUUACCUGUUUGCAAGCCUCUUUCCAUUUGACUCUUUUGGAAGGGGACAAUCCAUUGUCAGUUUGUUUAUUUAUAGAUGGUACCAUCUGUGUGCAGGGCACAUUUGCAGAGUCUAAGGCAACAGACUCUGCACUUUGACAGAGGAGAGGCAAGAGAGGGAGGGGAGGCAUCCAGACCAGAGGAAAAGAAUAGCAGAAUCGCUGUGAUGUCAGUGGCACGGACUUGCGCUUGGCUACAUCAGCAGGGAUGGGGAGCAGGGACUUGUCGCAAAGGCUCCACAGAAAAGAGGUGGACUUUGAGCAGGUCCCACAACUCCAGAAAGGGGGUUGUUUUAUUGUCAUUUUAUUGUCUUAUGCUUAAAAUAAAAGCGAUAAAGCCCCCUUCUGAGUAACGAACUUUAAAAAGCAAUAGUGCAGUUUUCAUACUAUAUUAGAGACAGGGGGCGGGGGCGGGUCCAGUUCUUCCUCCACACAUGGAUGGUUUGGGCAUUAUUGCCCUCUGAACAUUUUUAGCCUCUGCUGGACAGUGGGGAGUUCAUAGUCUUCUUGUAUUUUGAAAAGCUGCUCCUUUAUUUUCCCCAGAAUGUGCUCAGUGGGAAGGUACUUUAAGAAUUCCCUUAGAAAAAUGAGUGUGGGGGGGACAUAACAGAGCAGUAUAAUCAUAUUCACGAUAUAGAGAAAGUGGAUGGGAAAACACUUUUACCCCCCUCUCAUAAUGCCAUACCCUCCAACAUUUCUCCAAUGAAAAUAGGGACAGCCUAAGGACAUUCUGUGAUCAAACUGGGAUGGCUUCUCUAAAUCAGGGAUGUCCCUGGAAAAUAGGGACACAUGAAGGGUCUGUAAUGCUAAAACUUGGAGCCUUCAGUUAAAGCUGAAUGUUGGAAGAUUUACAACACACGCAGGAUAGUAGUUCUGCAUACAGUGCAUAUUGAAACUGUGAAAUUUACUCCCAAAGAAGUAGGGAUGAUAGCCUCCAACUUGGAUGAUUUAAAAGAAAUGUUCAGACAAAAUUCAUUGAAGAUAAAGCUACCCAUAGCUGCUAGUGAUGAUGCUGAACCUCCACCAGUUCCAGGGACCUGCAGGAGGGGAGCGUGCUAUUGCACUCGGGUCUUGUUUUUGAGCUUCCCAGAAGAACUGUGUUGGCCACUGUGAUAACAGUCAUGGACUAGUUGGCCUUCGGCCUGAUCUAGCUGCAGAACUCUUCUGUAUGUUAUGAAGAGUCAUGUGGUUCAGAUGCCCAUAGUGAGUCUGGGGGCAGUGGGGCUCUACAUCAGCUAUAUGAACCUCUCCUAACCCGCAAACCCACCUAGAUGUGUGUCCUUCUCUAUCUUUUUUCCAGUUUGGUAAGAAGUAUGGCUCUGUGUUCACAAUGUAUUUUGGAGCAGAACGGGUUGUGGUGCUGCAUGGCUAUGAUGCAGUGAAAGAAGCACUGAUCGACCGUGGAGAUGAAUUUGCUGCCAGGGGACACCUGCCAAUAGCUGAUGAUGUCAACAAGGGAUUAGGUAUUCUUUGCUGGUUGACCUGUGGAGGGGGGGGACACAGGAAAAUCCCUCUAUUCAUGAAAAUAAAGCAACAGGUGGCGCCCCCCUGGGAUGUGUGUUGCCGCCCGCACCCCCCGGGACGCUCCCGCUGCCGCACACCGCCUUACACCCACGGGUGCUUACCCCUGACCACACAGGCCGCUCCAGGUGCCGAAGCAGCUAGCUCCGCCUCUGGUCUAGAGCAAGCACCAAAAAUUAAAGCAGGAUUGAAUGAGUCUCUAGCCUUUAAAAAUAAUGGUCUGAGGUAAUUCUGGUGUGGGCAGUAAGUGUGAGAGUUAUGUGAGCAGAAUUCCCUGGCCUGGAUCUUGUGAAUCAAUAAACUCUCCACACCAAGAAAGAGUUUCAAAGUUACUCUAAGCUAUCUUAAAAUUUGUUACCAAGAAAAUAAAUAAAUACAAAUCAACACAUUGCACUUAAACAAUUAGCAAUGUAGUCCAGUUUUUUUAAAGUUCUUUUUGGUUAAUAUAGUCCAUGAACUAUUGCUUCUUCAUUGUACUGGCAGCUUCAGAGAGAGACCCAGGCUCCAAGAGAUAAAUUAUCAGUUAACAUAAAUAUCGAAACAUUGAGGCUCCUGCUCUUCCAACCUGCUUCUUCUGCUCUCCCUUUCAGUCCAUCCAUCUCCUUCAUGCCCAUUUCCUCUUCUGCUUUCCAGGAAUUAUAUUCAGCAAUGGGGAGGUGUGGAAGCAGCUCCGACGUUUUGCCCUUACCACCCUGCGCAACUUUGGCAUGGGAAAGAAAAGUAUUGAGGAGAGGAUCCAGGAGGAAGCACAGUUCCUGCUAGAAAAGCUCCAGGACACUCAGGGUGGGUAGCCACUGCCCCUCAUCCACAUAGGCUUAUCAAGCAGACCCCCUUGAACAUCACAACAGAUGCUGAGGUACAUUACAACAGAUUAUUAACCACCAACUCAUAAAGAAAUAGCAUGGUAGGUACAAGGAAAUCAUUAAAAAAUUAAAAUCGUAAAACACAGAACUAGUGACCAACACUGAAUCAAAUAAAUUGCCUAAAAACACUUGUGAAAUACAGUGGUACCUCAGGUUAAGUACUUAAUUCGUUCCGGAGGUCCGUACUUAACCUGAAACUUUUCUUAAGCACCACUUUAGCUAAGGGGCCUCCCGCUGCCGCCGCACUGCCAGAGCACAAUUUCUGUUCUUAUCCUGAAGCAAAGUUCUUAACCUGAAGCAGAGUGCUCUGCAGAUAUUGUUGAUUUCCAGCUGCUUUCAGCCCCAACAGUCAUCAGUGGUCCAGAAGUUAGAGUCUAGCAGCAUCUGAAGUGCUUUGGAUUCCUUAGUUUUAGUGUAGAGUUCACCCAGGCCUGCUCCACUGUGGUCACCCUUUCCUAUCUAAGGAUAUAUUAGCUGAAGCUGGAAGAAAGCACUUUGGAAAGUCCUUGGAAGAAAUCACUCAUAGCCACUGAAGAUGCCCAUGCCUUCAGAAUUGUUGUGAGAAAGGCAGCUUCCUGUCUGACCACUGAGGCCUGGAGCCAGGAAAUGGCAGCUCAGAAAUUCCAGACUAGAUUAUUGCCUAAAACCUGUAGUGGGGUUGUAUAAUUAUUUUUUUGUUGUCCUUUCAGAGAAGCCCUUGGAUCCAACCUACUUGCUCAGUUGCGCUCUCUCCAAUGUCAUUUGUGCAAUUGUCUUUGGGAAACGAUACGAUUAUAAUGACAAGAAGUUCCUAUCCAUGAUGAGCUUAAUGAAUGAAAACUUUCAGGUUUUAAGCUCUUCUUGGGGACAGGUAGGUGCCAUCUUUUUAAAGGCCCUUUCCCACAAAGUCUAAAUUUUCCUGCUGUUUAAAUGUCUUUCUUCCAGGCUUCUCAUGGCCCAUACUGCCUCUGCCUCUUAAUAUUUCUGUUAAUGUCCUAGUUGCAGGUUUGCCAUGAGCAACUGGUUAGCCACUGUGACAGCACAAUGGGCCACUGGCCUGAUUCAAUAGGCUCUUCUUAUGUUUUUAAUUUGGAGAGCCAAUACCAAUACCUGGGUCUAAUAACCAAGGCUUGACUUAACUCAACAGCAGCCCGGUGGAAUAGGAAGUAAAGCUUAACGAGUAAAACCCACAGGCUCAAUACUGUAACUGGAACUAAUCACUUGGGAUGUAUAUACACUGCCAUUGCCUCUGCAUCCAAUGUGCUUCCACUAAUGGUUUGAGAAAGUGUGAAUACAUGAUGUUAGUCACAAUCGAUAUCUAACCUGCCAUUUCUUAUGAAAAGUUGCGCCUUGCUGAAUUUUAAGCCAGGGAUGUGUACACGGACUGGUUUCAGUAGGAGAAACAGAUGGGACUACAUUUAGAGAUAUGUAUGUAAUCCCAUAGCUCAGGUUUAGAGCAUUUGGCUUGUUUAUAUAGGGUCCCAGAGUCAAUCCCUAGUAGCAUCCCUGGUUAGGGAUGGGACUCCUGAAUGAAACCCAGCAGAGCUGCUGCAUAGGCACUACUGACCUUGAGAGAACAAUGGUCUCAUUCAGUAUAUACCUUUUAACAUGUGGAUUUGGGGGGGGGUGUAAUUGGGUUGUUGUUUUUAUUUUGAUUAUGCAUUUUGUGGUUCUAUAUUUUGAUUUUACUCUGCGAACCACCCUGGGACCUGUGGGUAUAAAUUCAAGAAACAAUAAUAAAAAAAUAAUGAUAUAAGACAACUGAAGGGGAACAUCUACAUAGAUUUGGGAAGCAUUGGUAGUGAAAAUGCUGGUGUGUGGACAACAGAGUUGACAUGAACACAAGGCAACAGUGGCCAACAUUAUACUGAAGCCCGAGUUUGGACAAACCCUGACUGAGGUUGGUGCCAAUGGGUCUCUUGUGUUUCUUCUAGCUCUACAACCUCUUUCCUUCUUUGAUGAAAUGCAUCCCUGGGCCCCACCAUAAAGUGCUGAAAAACAACUUGGCAGCCAGACAGUUUGUUUUGGAGGAGGUUGAAGAGCACAAGCCCACUCUGGACCCCAGCUCACCUCGGGAUUUUCUCGACUGCUUCCUUAUGAAAAUGGAUCAGGUAAUCAUGAAAACUCACAGACCUCUCCAUGUGGGUUCUCCUGCCACUCCUGAAGCUUCCCAACCAGCAGACUUCCAUCCAGCUUCUUGUGGGGAAUGCCAAGGAAUGAGAUUCCUGCCCACACCCCAUUGGAGUAGAUUCAUUUCCCAUUGCUGACCUGUUCUUGCAGUAAAUGGGAAGUUCUUUCUAAUGAUUAGCCCUCUGGGCAAGGAAUGUCAAGAGGAAUGACCUGUAAAAGGACUUGAGAUAAGAUGUUGUAUCUUGGGACGGGAGCUGGUCCCAGUGGCACAGUUAAAUUCUUGUUAUGUUGUACUCAGAACAAUUGAGUUGACUCCACUGACUGUGUUGUGUGUUUCUGCAGGAAAAAGGUAAUAAUGCAUCCCAUUUCACCAUUGAAAACUUGGCCAUAAGCACAGUUGACUUGUUUGUGGCUGGAACAGAGACCACCAGCACCACACUGCGAUACGGGUUCAUGAUCCUCCUCAAAUACCCAGAGAUACAAGGUAAAAUGGAUGCGAUGUUAGUAUUUAUUAUUCUAGUUCUCUCCUCAAUUUAUGUGUCACAGGUCCAAGAGUUGGUUGUUCUGCCACUUUCCCCAGGAAAACCCACUGUUCAUUGCUGAAUGUUAACCAUCGCUGACUGACAUCAGCAGUAAACAGAAGGCUUUCCUGGAGACCACAGUGGGGAUGUGUGUGUGGACAAAAUGCUCAUACCCAUGCCUAGAAAUCCCAGCAAAAACAGACGUGUGGAUGAGCUCUUAUAGCUGACCAUAUUGUAAACCCUAGGAUUUUAUAUACAAACAGUAACAACUUGAACUUGGCCCAGUAGUAUAGUGGCAGCCAGUGCAGAUCCUUUAGACUAAGGCAUCACAUCCUGCACCAGCUGCACUUUCUGUGCCAGCCUGAAGGGUAGCCCACAAAGGCACAACCACAAGGGCCAGGGGUCAAAAGGCCCUCAGGUAGGAUCAGAAUCACUGCAGGACAGUGCCUCCAAUAGGAAUCCCUCUAAGCUGGACCAUCACUUGCUCCUAAAACUUCCCUAAAGAGGAGGCUUUUGUCCCUCUGGGCUCCUUUUGGAUAGAAAUUCAAUUAAUAUAUAAAUAAUCGCAGUUAUACUAUGUUUCCCUGUUUACAGAUGGAUUACUGAAGGUGAGCUACAAUAAUUUGUCUGAGUUAAUGUGAUGAGUCAACAGAAAGUUGGUAUCAGAAAACAAUUGAAAGCUCCAAAAUGUGCAGGGGCUGGCAGGCACUCCCAUGGAAUUUCAAUUGCUUCUAUGAUGUUUCCUGCACUGGUGUUAAACCUCAUUCUUCCCAUUACAGACAAAGUGCAUGAAGAAAUUAACCGAGUUAUUGGCCGAUCACGAAGUCCUUGCAUGGCAGAUCGUGGGGCAAUGCCUUACACAGAUGCUGUCAUCCAUGAGAUCCAGAGGUUCAUCUCUCUCAUCCCACUGAGCGUCCCUCAUGCAGUACUCAAAGACACACCGUUCAGACAAUAUGUCAUUCCAAAGGUCAGCUCUUUUCAAGGCUCUGAGUAGUAAUAGUAGGCUGCUAGCCAUGAUGGCUAUAUUCUACCUCCAUGGCGAGAGGCAGCAUACUUCUGAAUACCAGUGGGUGGAAACCACAGGAAUUGAGAGUGCUGUCUUGUUUAGAUUAUGUUUAAGGGCUUCCCAUGGGCAUUUGGUUGGACACCAUGAAAACAGGAUGCUGGAUGAGAUGGGGCCACUGGACUGAUCCAGCAGAGCUUUUCUUCUCUUCUUAUCUACAAGCAAGGGAAGUGUUGUUGUUUAGUCGUUUAGUCGUGCCCGACUCUUCGUGACCCCAUGGAACACAGCACGCCAGGCACUCCUGUCUUCCACUGCCUCCCGCAGUUUGGUCAGACUCAUGUUUGUGGCUUCGAGAACACCAUCCAACCAUCUUGUCCUCUGUCGUCCCCUUCUCCUUGUGCCCUCCAUCUUUCUCAACAUCAGGGUCUUUUCCAGGGAGUCUUCUCUUCUCAUGAGGUGGCCAAAGUAUUGGAGCCUUAGCUUCACGAUCUGUCCUUCCAGUGACCACUCAGGGCUGAUUUCCUUAAGAAUGGAUGCGUUUGAUCUUCUUGCAGUCCAUGGGACUCUCAAGAGUCUCCUCCAGCACCAUAAUUCAAAAGCAUCAAUUCUUCGGCGAUCAGCCUUCUUUAUGGUCCAGCUCUCACUUCCAUACAUCAAGGCAAGGGAAGUAGUUUAGCCCAACUCCUAAAGUGUAGCUGGGCAUCUUCAGGCCUGGACUUCAUUUUAAACACCCUAUUGUCUUCUGACGCUGCCCCAUUCUUCUCUGUAUCAACAAAGUACCUUCCUUCCUGUUAGUGCCUUCCCACACCAUUCCUUUGUGAGAGUCAAUUUUAUGCUUUCGUUGGGUGUCAUGGCCAUCAAGCCCAUUUCUUUGCACUCUCUGCAGGGUACUACCAUAUAUCCUAUUCUGACGUCUGUACUACAUGACAGCAAAGAAUUUCCAAACCCCAAAGAAUUUGACCCGGGACAUUUCUUGCACAAAGAUGGCACCUUCAGGAAGAGCGACUAUUUCAUGCCUUUCUCAGCAGGUAAGAUCUCUGCUUCCUCAGUUGGCUGCGGUCUUGGCCAGCUCAGGUCUUUCCUGUCUCCCUAAUUGGCUGGUGUCGGGGCAAUGAGGGGGAACCUCCCUCCUCCUGCAGCCUAAACUGGAAGGGCUCCCAGUUUGUGAGAGAGAGAGAGGGGCAGAGGCUUCUGGGUCCAUCAGAACUCCUUGUACCUUUCCUGUGACCAGCUGAAGCAAAAGAAAUGGUGGAAAGAGUGACUCUCCCAGGAGCUGUUCUGGAGCAGCACCUUUGCUCCUUUGGCAUGAUUGUUAUUUUCUCCGUAACAGCCAAAGUGGUUGUUAUGCAUCUUACACUUUGGGUUUCCUUUGCAGGGAAGCGGAUAUGUGUGGGGGAAGGUCUGGCCCGUAUGGAGAUCUUCUUGUUCUUGACCACCAUAUUACAGAACUUCACUCUGAAGUCCAUCAUUGACCCCAAGGACAUCGAUCUCACACCUGUGUUGAGCAGCAUAGGCAACUGCCCUCGGUCCUAUCAGCUCUGCAUUGUCCCUCGCUGA